CUGAGGUAGGUUGUAUGCUAAUGGCAGGAAUUAAAAGUGGCAAUAACGUGUUUAUGUACAGAGGGGUUGCUGUCCAGAAAAAAGUGAUCACUGUUUGUGUUUGUCAUGUUAGUCAUUGGCUGACCCUCUCUGUGACAUGAUGGAUGACACUGAAAUGGUGGCAGUGGCCUCGCUGACAGGUAGUUCUUCCCUUGGGGAAGCAGUGUCUGGUAGAGGACAACAGAGUGUUUCAAAUGAAGAUGACGAGCUCUACUAUAUCCCUGAGAGAAGACCAUCUCUGGACCUUGGACCGAGUGCGAUGGAUACCAGCCAGUGGCCGAAUGUGGGCCAGGCCUCGAACCUAGCUCUGAGCUACAUGUCACUGACAAGCUCAGAAAGCUCAGUCGAAAUGGAUGACCAAGAUGGAUGCUCCACGAGGGUCCAGCUGGAAAGAACAGAUUCAUACUCUAGCUGUUACUCCUUUGACAGUGAUGACUGUGAAAAGAGAAUCCCCAAGUUUAAAAGCAAAGAUGAGCCUGUCUCAGAGCUUCCUCAUACACCUGAGUUAGUCCAACCCACGAAUGAGAUUAGGCAUCCUUCAUUGACGGUGGCAUUCACUUUCAAGGCUAUCUGUAACACUAUUGCGAGGCUGUCAGAAGUAGAUGUGAGAAGAUUCAAGACAAUGCUGUGGAAGAAUUACCCACAGUCAUUCAACACUCCUCCCCAAAGCAUGGACACAGUGGACCUUGUGGACCGGUUGCUCGAGUGUUACAGCCUUGAAGUAUCAUUGCAGAUCACCAAAGCCGUUCUUGAGGAGAUAGGGCACAAGAGGACGGUUAGAUAUAUCCAGACUCAGUGCAUCAGAAAUGAAGUGCGUCACGACUUAAGUGAGACUUUGAAGAGGAAGUAUGGUGAAGUAUGUGAGGACUUGGCCAUGCAGCAAGAGAAGAGGCAAUUUGAUGAUGUCUUUACUAAUGUCCUCAUAACCUCAACAUGUGACAAUGGCCCGAAUAUUGAACAUGAGGUCAUGAACAUAGAAAAACUGGACAGCAACCGGGAAGCAGGGAAAUGUCUUUCUCCCAAGGAUAUUUUUAGCGCUGAAAGACUGGAGCACUCCAACAUAAGGUUAAUAUUGCUCACUGGAGUGGCAGGGUCAGGGAAGUCGAUGGUGAUCAGAAGGUUAGUCCUCGAUUGGAUUGAAGAGCAGUCCCAGCAGCACACGUCCUUUUUGUUUCCUUUACCAUUCAGAGAACUCAAACAGUUUGAGGGUUCCAAGGUCUCCCUGUUGCAAAUAAUACAAACACUCUACCCAGAGACAAAAAAACUGAAGGAUGAGGAUUAUAGAUCGGAAGACUGCCCGAUGAUGUUUGUCUUUGAUGGUCUUGAUGAGUACAAUGGAAAGCUUGACUUUGAAAACACUGAGCUUAUCUGUGACCACACAGAGCUGACCACCCUGAACGUCAUUGUGGUCAACCUCCUCAGAGGGAGGCUGCUCCACCGUGGCCAAUUUCUGGUCACUACUCGGGCGCAAAUAAAGCGUUGCAUUCCUUGGGAUACGCACUAUAAUGAGAUAGAGGUACGUGGAUUCUGUCACCCUGAAAAGGAAGAGUACUUCAGGAAGAGAUUUAAGGACCCAGAUCAAGCAGCCCGAGUUAUCGCCUAUAUCAACUCUUCCAAAACCCUCUGCAUCAUGUGCCAUCUUCCCUUGUUCUGCUCACUGGUUGCUGAUGAGUACCAUCAAAUAUUUAAGGAACAGAGGACACGGGCAGAGCUGCCCAGGAGCAUCACUUACAUGUACACAAAGCUGGUGCUAAUGCUCAUACGGCAGCAUCGCAUAUUUAGAGCUCCAGAUCGUAGCCUGGAUGAAGAAAGAGACUUCCUUAUGAACCUUGGAAAGCUGGCGUUCAACAUGUUGGAAAAAGGCCAGUUCAAGAUUACCAAGUCCGACUGGAAAGACACUGGAAUCUGCGACGAGGAAGCAGUCAUUAACAGUGGACUGUGCACACAAUACGUCACAAAGCCAUACGUCUUGUUUCAUGAGAAAGUCUUUAGUUUUAUCCACCCCACCAUGCAGGAGUACCUGGCUGCCCUUUAUGUGUUUCUCUCCUUCACAAACCAGGGGAAGAACAUUUUUGAGCAGCAACUGAAAGACAGGUUCAAAGGGAUGUUCAAGGGACACAAAGCCAUGGAGCUGUACAAGAGCGCUGUGGACAAAAGCCUGCUCUGUGAGGACGGCAAACUGGAUAUUUUCCUGCGUUUCCUAUUUGGAAUGUUACUUCCGACCAACCAGGAACUCCUCCAGCCAUUCUGCACCUCUUCUGUGAAGUGGCCAACAAUAAUCGAAGAUGCUGCUGCCCUCAUCAGGAAGAGGACCAGAGAAAAUCAGCAUCCUGGCAGGAAUGACAACUUGCAGCGUUGCUUGGAGGAGCUGGGUGUGUUAACAGUAUCCUCAAUUUGACUCGAACACUGGGCAAAAUCAUUUCACUACAAAGUGUGUCAAGGCUUCCACUGAGUUCCAGUCGGUGGGGGGGGAUGCGUAACACAUGCCUGUCCUGAUGGAGAAACAUGUUUCUCCACUAUUCAUCCAAACUAAUGAUUUUUUUUCACUAAUGGAGCUUUAAAGUAUUUAAGAGCUAAACAUAAUCUCUUCUAUAGUUCCACAGUUACAUUAAUGUAACAAAUAUGUGGAAACAGAGUCUUUUAAAGAAAUGGAGAUGGUGUGAUAUAAUGUGUUAUUAUGGAUUUACAGAGUUAUAAAGAGGCCUUAUAUUUUCCCUGUUCUUAUAGAAUGCAUAUACAAUCAAAGAUGUUUGAUAUACAUUAUUGAUUAUUGCUAGUGUUGCCAGCCAGUCUACAGUUGUGCUAGAUAUGACUUAAUUUUAAAAAUCCUUCAAAUAGCUUUUAAUUGCACUAUUAACAUAAUAUCAGAGGAAUAUGACUAUUGUCUGAGACCCAAGUACAACUGGUAAAUUAUUUUGGGUACAUUUGUGAAAACUGAAUUAUUUUGCACUUUUCAGUGAUCAGUUACUAUUACUACUACUAUUAUUUGUUGGUUGCUUGUUAUUUUGGCAGUAAUCAAAUCAAGUAGCUGCAGUUACUGAAUUGUUUAUCCUACACAGCUAAAAAAGCAUCUGUACUCCAAUUCCUGUUCUUAACAUCCCUGCCAUAUUGUAAUAUAGGUUAUAAAUGUACUGACAGUGAUACCCGUAGGAAAAAAAGUUACCUGUUGGAAAUAAAUGAUACAAUUGACAAUAAAUGUUUGGGGAAACAACCACAGGC